CUUCCGGAGGGCUCCCUUUCGCCUGCAAAUGGCUCCCUGCACCUUUAAAUAAUUAAUCGCCGCCGUCUUCGCCUCUGCCUUCCGCAUGGGGCUGGGGAGGAGACAGCCGCAGCCGCCGCCUGAGCCCAGUGACAUCAGCGCCAGGGCUUCGGCAGCCACCUGCUCCCAGCAGCCGGAGACGCAGGGGAAGAGAGAUCCUGCCCGCUGGGAUCCCCCCGCUCCAUCUUUCGCCCUCGCCUCCUCCUUCCAGCCCAGAUUUCCUCUCCAGGCCGUCCUCGGAAGAAGCCGCUCCAGCCAGAAAUGGAGGCAAACAACCAUUUUAACUUCACUGGCCUUCCUUCUUCACCUGCUGCCUCAGGACUGAAACCGGCGCCUUCCUCAGGGGACAACAUAUAUACAAACGGAUCUCCCAUGAACUUCCCCCAGCAAGGGAAAAGUUUGAAUGGGGACAUGAAUGUUAAUGGCUUAUCUACUGUAGCUAACGCUAGUACUUCAGGGACCCGCUCCUCAACCACCUCACACCUCCACCACUCCUACGACUAUCUCUGGAACUACUCUCAGUACCCAUCUGGCAAUGGCAGCAACCUCAAGGACAGCCCACUGUUCUCCCAGUAUCCACUGAAUGGUGUUGUUGGAAGCAAUCGACAAGGCUCACCAGGGCACACUGCCAAUCUGAGGGGGGUGGGCGGGCAGGAAUUUUGGGCCAAUGGCACCCCAGGGGCCAUGGGUCUGAACUUUAUUUCGACAGAGCUCUAUGACUCUUUCCCUGAUGAUCAGAAUUUUGAGCUCCUGCAAAAUGGCCCGUCCAGCUUCUACACAUCAUCUCAGCCUUCUCCCAUGCUGAGCUCGGGCAGCCAGGGCUUCUCUCCACACCAGGAUGAACCAGGAAAUGAGGAGCCUGUGAAAGAAACUGCAUCUACUGCCUCAGAAAACGGCACCAGCCUGUUGGGCAGCAUGGAGCUGGAGAGCACACAGCCAGACUUGAAAAUGUGUGGCUAUAAUGGCUCUUCUCCGGUUGUUGAGCCGCUCAGCCAAGAAGCCUCAGUCUUGGUACCUGAUGCUGGAGGUGGUUGUCUGGAAGACACUUCACGGAUACCACCUCCCUUGGAAGACCCUUUGGAGCCAUUUGAGUCACUGGACAGAGAUCCUGGAACAGGAGACCUCUAUGAGAUGGAUACAUCUGAGCUGGUGAGCGACAAGUCCCCUCUAGAGGACCCACCCGACAUCUCUGCCUUGGAUUGUCCUGGCAGCCCGUCUCUGAACCAUUCUGACUCCUUCAGCCUCUUGGCCGAUGAUAGUCAGCCUGACACCUCACUUUUUGGAAGUGCCAAUUUGCCACCUGUUCUUGAGGAAUCUGUUUUGCAAGACAGCAGCCUGGAGUUGACAGGUGUGGGUGAAGUGGAACAAGAAGACACAGAGUUUCUGGAUUCACAAGCAUCUCUGGAAUCAGAGAGUCUAGAUGCCACUUUGGAUGCUGUGGUCAGCAACAGCUGCCUGGAAGCCCCUGCAUCUGUGAUAGAUGAGGGCAACAAAGAGUCCUCAGCAUUCAGCGUGUCAGCGAAAGCAGGUGACCUUCCAAGAAGACGGAUAGCCACAGCAGAUGAGGUGCGCUACCCUUUAAAGCAUGGGUGGCGAAGGGAGGUGCGCAUUAAGAAGGGCAGCAGCCGCUGGCAGGGGGAGACCUGGUAUUAUGGGCCCUGUGGCAAGCGGAUGAAGCAGUUUCCAGAGGUGAUCAAGUACCUGAGCAGAAACAUUGUACCGAAUGUCCGCCGUGAACAUUUCAGCUUCAGUCCUCGGAUGCCAGUAGGAGACUUCUUUGAAGAGCGGGAUACUCCUGAGGGCUUGCAGUGGGUAAAGUUGCUGUCGGAGGAAAUCCCUUCACGUAUUCUGGCCAUCACGGGCAAGCGGGGCCGGCCCCGCAAUACCGAGAAGGCCAAGGCUAAGGAAAUGCCGACGGUGAAACGUGGAAGAGGCCGACCUCCCAAAGUGAAAGUGCCUGAUCUUCUGAGCAAGACAGAUGCCCGGGUUCUGAAAAAACUGGAAGCCCAAGAGGAACUCAGCGAUGAAGAUAAACUGAAGAUGAGCAAGAUAAAGAAGAAAGUGAGGCAAAAGGUGCAAAAUAAGCAGAAGCAGGAAGCUAAGACACCUGCUAAGACCAAGGAGACCAAGGCUAAGGAAGUCAAAAGAAGGCCCAAGCUAAAGAAGGAGAACAACAACAAGCCAGAGAAAAACAGCAAACCAGGGAAGACUAAGCUGGAGAAGCCAAAGGAGAAAGUGAAACUGAAAGAAAAGAUAAAGCCCAAGGGGAAAAAGGUGGCCGUACCAGCCAAGGUACCUCGGAAGGUGGACAAGAAUCUAGCUCAGCGACGUCAAGAAGAACGGCAGCGACAGCAAAUGAUUCUGGAAGAGAUGAAGAAGCCCACUGAGGACAUGUGUCUUGGGGAUCACCAGCCUCUGCCAGAAUUUUCUCGCAUCCCUGGGCUGAUAUUGCCUAACCAUGCCUUCUCAGACUGUUUAGCCAUUGUGGAGUUCCUACACAGCUAUGGCAAGGUUCUUGGCUUUGAUGUAUCCAAGGAAGUUCCCAGCUUGAGCACGUUGCAAGAGGGGCUUUUCAAUGUAGGAGAUAGUUUGGGUGAAGUGUUGGACCUCCUGAUUAAGCUGGUGAAAGCCGCACUCUACGACCCUGGCCUGCCUUCCUACUGUCAGUCUCUGAAGAUCCUUGGUGAGAAACUUUCUGAGAUAACCCUGAACCGUGAUACUGUGUCCGAGGUCCUUCGUUGCUUCCUCAUGGCUUACGGAGCAGAUGAGGAUCUGUGUGACAGCUUGCGCACUAAACCUUUCCAGGCACUGCCCCCACACAAGAAGGCUUCUGUCCUCGCUUUCUUGGUCAACGAACUUAACAGCAGUGCCCUUAUCAUCAAUGAAAUUGACAAGACUCUGGAGAACAUGUCCAACCAUAGGAGAAACAAAUGGAUAAUUGAGGGCAAACUGCGCAGGCUGAAGAUUGCCCUAGCCAAGAAGACAGGACGGCCUGAGUCAGAAAUCAGUGGCUUGGAGGAAGGCCAUUGGCGGCGAAGUUCACGAAUCACAGAGGAGAAUGAGGAUAUGGAACUGGAACAGGAGGAAAGGACAAGAGCGUACAAGACACGAAAAACUGAUGAGAACGACACUCCAGUUUUCAGUGUGCCUGAGCUGGAAAGGCAAAUUGAAAAGCUGUCCAAGCGCCAGAUGUUCUUCCGUAAGAAGUUGCUACAUUCCUCACAGCUGUUGCGGGCUUCAUCACUUGGGCAGGAUCGAUAUCGGCGCUGGUAUUGGGUUCUGCCCCAUCUGAGUGGGAUCUUUGUAGAAGGCUGUGAGGCCUCAACAGAUCCACCCAGGAAUGUGCUGGAAAAGGAAGAGGCUUCGAAAGAGGAGGAAAAACGUGACCUAUCGCCAGUCAAGAAGGAGACCACGGAGACACCAGUCACUGAUCACAUGAACUGUACAACUUCAUGGUCAUGGAGCCGGCCAUGGAGGGACAAUGUGGCGGCACUGCAAUCGGAGCCUCUCCAUCCCAAGUUGGAUGAGGCCAUGCCCGUCAAUGGCUAUUUGGAGGACUCCCUGUCGCUGGGCCAGUCGCAGCAUGACCUCAGUCAGUCCGCCUUCCUGUCCUGGCUCAGCCAGACACAGCAGGCUUCCUCACUGCUCAACAGUUCUGUGCUCACCCCAGAUAGCAGCCCUGGCAAAGGGGACCCAGCCCCUUCAGAACUGCCGGACUCAGCUGCGGAGGAUGAAAGUGCAACAGAAACUCAAGUUACCUGGUUCAAUUUGUUGCCCAGGGCGUCCAGCAAUGACUGUCCACUUGCUACCUCCAUUGACCACCCUUCUCCCAAAACUGCUCCCCAGCUGUGCAAGCCUCCAACUAGGGACCAGCCAAAGACCUCAGCCCGACAGCUGAAUGGCCUCUCCUCAACCAGCUCAGCAUUGCCGCUACUGGCCUCCUCUCCUCUUCAUCCUGGCACCAGGGGCCACAAUACUAGAGCCAGAGGCAACCCCAGUAAGGCCCAGGAAUCUCUAGGACAGCCCAGACGACGGGGGCGGCCCCCCACUAAAUUCUUCAAGCAGAUUGAGCAGAAGUACUUGACACAGCUGACACCGCAGCCUAUACCCACAGAGAUGCAGAGUGGCUGGUGGUGGCUGCAGGAUCCAGAGGAGCUGGAGGCUGUAAUGCAAGUGCUGCAUUUGCGAGGGAUCCGUGAAAAGGCCUUGCAUAAGCACCUCACCAAGCACAAAGAGUACCUACGGGAGGUGUGUGCCCGAGCUGCGAAUGAUCCCAUCUUCCAGACCCAUCCCGAGGGUGCCGGCCACCCCGUCUCCCAGGAAGCCUUGGACCAGUGGUCAAUGGCAGAGCGAGCCUUUGAGACGGACCUUUCUGUGCUUCAGUGGGUGGAGGAACUGGAGCAGCGGGUGCUGAUGGCUGACCUACAGAUUCGAGGCUGGACAAGUCCAGAUCCUGACUCUCUUCGGGGUGACUUGCGGUAUUGUGAGCACAAGCUGGAGCCUUUGGAAGAUAUAACCAUAAAAAAUCGGCGUGAGGGACCAGCCCUGCAGCGUGAAGCUACUCACCCUCUAGACCUGGCAGUGCUCCGGCUGGCAGACAUGGAGCGGAACGUGGAGCGGAGAUACCUCAAAGAGCCCCUCUGGCCCCCACAUGAAGUGGUGGUAGAAAAAGCUUUGCUGAGUAAUCCCAGUACCCUGGAGCUGGGAACCACAGAGAUCACAUAUGAAAUCACACCUCGCAUGCGGACGUGGCGCCAGACACUGGAGCGAUGCCUCAGUGCUGCCCAAGUGUCUCUCUGCAUUUAUCAGCUGGAGCGUUCCAUUGCUUGGGAGAAAUCAGUUGUCAGAGCGACUUGCCUAGUGUGCCGGAAAGGGGAUGAUGACGAGAAUCUGCUGCUGUGCGACAGCUGCGAUCGUGGCUGCCACCUCUACUGCCACCGGCCCAGGAUGACCGAGGUGCCAGCUGGUGACUGGUUCUGCUCCCUCUGCAUUGCUCAGAUGCAAGGAGAAUACCAAAAUGACUACGGCUCUCUGAGGCGGAGCAGGAAGCGGAAAGCGUGUGCCGCUGGCCCUUUUUCGGGGAGCGAAGAGCUCAGCCCUCGGCCCCGGACAGCAGCAGCCCAGCAGCCCAGUAAUCUGCCCAGUGUUCCAUCCCGAUACUCAGGCGAAGGCCUCUCCCCCUCCAAAAGAAGAAGAGUGUCUACGCGAGGCCAGUGUGCUGACCUAACUUUCUGCGAAAUCAUCCUAAUGGAGAUGGAGUCACAUGAGCAUUCCUGGCCCUUCUUGGAACCUGUCAACACCCGGCUGGUGCCUGGCUACCGAAAAAUCAUCAAAAAUCCUAUGGAUUUUUCCACCAUGAGAGCACAGUUGCUACGGGGCGGGUACACAAGCUGCGAGGAGUUUGCUGCUGAUGCUCUUCUGGUGUUUGACAACUGCCGGACCUUUAACGAGGAUGAGUCUGAGGUGGGCACGGCCGGGCUGGCCAUGCGCCAGUUUUUUGAAAGCCGGUGGGAGGAAUUCUAUCAGGGAAAACAUGAGACAAACCCCUGAAGCGGGCAGAAUGGAGAAAGAUGAGAGGUGCCUGUGGGGAAUCCCUUCCCUUUUGACCCUGUUCUGCACAUUGUCUCUUCUGGAGUCCAUCCUGCUAUCGGCUGAUUUCUUGUUUUCCCUGUCGCAAUGACUGGACUUGGAUUGGCAUUUCACAGCAACGGCAGCCUCCUCCGCUGCCUGGAUCCUCAGAAGCCCCUCCCCCAUCUCUUCACUCUACGAAACACGAACUCUCUGACUGACUGUCUUAGCCAAAAAAGAGAGAGAGAGAAAAAGAAUAGUUUUUUCAAAUGGAAAAACCACAACCCACAACCCCACCUUAGCUGGGGCUAUUUAAUAAUAGCAAUAGUUCUUAGUGAAUGUGUAAGAACACUUUUUUCUGUGCAGUGUCAGUACCAUGCAUUAAUGGCCAGUAACAUGGACGUUAAGUUUUCCUCCUUUUUAGAGUCGCGUUGAAACAUGUCAAAGCAGAUCACUCCUGCCUCUGGGAAUGACAACCUUGAUGACACUGAAACAUGCUGCUUCUCUUUCCCCCGCCCACCCUGGACCCCAACUCUGUCUCUCCCAAUUCUGCUUUCUUCCUUUCCAAUAGCUGCCCUAGUUGUGACUAAUUUCUUUCUCCUGACUUCGUCCUGAAACCAAGGGUCUGUUUGGAGCUGCAGCCUAUUGAGGAAGGGGGCAAAGAGUGGGGUGCGAGGCAGCCGUGCUCUGGUGGGUGUCUUGAGGGUCUUGUGUUGUGAGGCACCCCUUCAGGCCACAUGUUCCCUGGUUAUCCCGGACCCAGGACUUUCUCUGAGCAGUGACCCCCUGACGUCAGCUCUUCACCUGUAGGAGGGGUCUUUUAUGUUCUUUGCCUCAAUUAAUCCAGAUUAGGAUCUCCAUUCGCAUGUGUAUGCUCAGGAGUGGUUUAUUCCAGAUUUUGUUUCUAAGGGAGUUGAACAAAAUGGGAAUAAUCCAGAACGAAUGUCCAGCAAGGAGAGGAUAUCGAGUAGAUCAUAGUUUUUGCCAGGCAAAGCCAAGCAGAGUGAAACUGGAGGGACCUUCUCACUGCCUCCAACUUUACAUGGGAUACUUCCAAAAGUCCAUGUAGCGAUUGCUGUGCCCCAAAACUGGCUUUUGUGCUGUAAGAAGACAGCUCAUGUUCCCUCUGAUUGUGGGAGGUGUGCUGUACUGUGUCACUGGGCUACAGAGGACCACUCCUGAGCUUGCAGGACUGUGGGAAUAGUGGGUUGUGCAUUUGGGAAGGAAGGACUGGAUAUUGAGACUGCCCCGUCAGCUGCUCAGGAAUUGUGGAAAUUGUGUCGUGGGAUCCUGGCCUUGUUAAGUGCUCCCCCACCCCCAGUGUUGUUCCUCAGGGAUGGCUACUGUCUACAAAGAUUGAUCUGCUAUCUUCUCUGUGUGUAUGUGUGCGCGUGUGUGGUGGGAUUGCUUGUUCCCUGCCUGGGACACAACUCUCAGUCCAAUGUAGGUGUUUCCUCCCUGAAGAAGAUGUCGAUUUUUAACCCGCUUAGGAAAGAAUGCAGUCCUUCCAUCCUCAAAUGGCACACCCAAAGUGCAGUUGGGUGAAAGACGAGAUAUUAGAGAGAAGUGUCAUCGCGUCUCCAUUUUAGGUUCCUGUUGCCUGGUCGUGAGUUAACAAUGUGGGGUUUAAAGUUAUGCUAACAUUGGCUAUCAUGACAGGUGUAUCAGUUUAAGCUUUGGGUAGGUGACACACAAGAGAAGAUAAAGUGCUUCCUCUAUAAUGAGCAGCAUAGCUGUUUGUGUGGACAGAUGUGCACAUUUCUGCUUGGCAAGUUUAUACAGGAAGAAAGAAAAGAGGAAGCAGGGGUUGCUCACGCUGAUUCUAUUGCCAUUGUGUGAUGUCCACUGUGAUGUCCUCAGUCUAAAGUUCUGGAACCACAGUUAGGUCUUGCCCCUCGUUUUCAGACUAUAUUUUCUGUGCCCUUUCUACUGUUCUGUUCACACCCACAUCUAUGGCCCCCACUCUUAAUACUUCAGCCCUUCUUCCGAUCCCUCGUCAGACCUCUCUUGAGUGUUUUCAGGGGGAAAGCAUAAUCUUUUAUCUAUAGUGACUCUCCUGUGUGGGCAAGGUAUCCUUUAUACUUGUGACAGAGCCACGAAAAGCAAUGUUUAUUGUGAUGCUGGCUGAGAGCCUUAUAACUCUCCAUGGUCUCAGCCUAGCCACUGCUCAGGUGCUGUGUUUUGAUUCCAGCAACUUGGGGAAUGAUUGAACAACAUGAGCUAUUUGUUGGAGAUGAGCACAAGCUCCAUGCAGAUGAAUGGGGGCUGUUUGUGGCUUAAUACAUAACCAAGCUGGCUUUAUGCAGGAGACCUGUGGGAUUGUGGCCACAUUAACAAGGGAAGUUCAGCGAAAAAGAGCUCUGAAAUAUGUACUUCCAACUCAUGUUGUGCUUGGAUGUCAGGCACCUGGCCAGACGAGAAUCCUUGCGACUGAAUCCAGAUGUAUCCUGUCCAGUUAUGUCCUCCCUCACCCAUCUGUUGUCACAGCCCAGGUGAACAAAGUAAAUGCUUUAAAAAAAAACUGGUUGUCUUGAUAGUGGCUGGUUCUCCCCUCCAAAAAUAGUCUGUGAAGUAGCUAUAAGCAAAUGUAAGAGAAACUAACUAUUGCUUCGCUCGUAGUUCAGCAUCUCCCCAGUGGUCACCUCCUUGUGGAACACGAGAGCCUGCUGUGGCAUUUUGUGUUCCAAGUCAUAACAUGAUCUCCACUUCCCUCCUACUCUGUUGCACAGCACCUGGUUCCUAGGGAGACUGCUGCCUGAGGAAAGAGAUUCCCCUGACCUGUACAGCACACCAACAUUGUGGGCGUAGAAAUGCCUUGGGUCAUAUUCCAUCCUCAGCUGCCUGCAGACCUCAAACAGGAGAUGCCACUGUUGUUGGUUCUUCUCCAUUCUGUUUUACAGGAUGCUGGUCCAGUACUCCAUAUUCCGGUGCAGAGAUGAGGCAUAUGGGGAAAGGCUAGAGGAAACCCCCUUGGUCUUUUCACUUUACUUCCCCCAACUUUGGGUAGAUCAGAGGGGUGGAAAGCCACACCCUGAAACCUGAACUCCCUUGCUGCUUUUCAUACCCAGCCUAGCUCCUCAAACCAUUGUAAUUACGGGUAUCACUUAGGGGCAGAUAAAAGGCUGGCAGGGUUUCAUCGGGAGAUGGCUUUCCUCCCCCAUAUUCAGCCGUGUGACAUCUGGGUGAGACUUGUGUGUGCGUGUGCGUUUGUCUGUGUCCCAACCCGCGUCGACCAAUCCAAUUGCAAGAGCACUGAUGUAAGUAAAAUGUAACCACGGGCGAUGUAGCCUGGAGACCGUAACCUCCCUUUCUGUGCUUCCUCCACCCCGAUCUCACUCCCCCGCCCCAGUCCCCCCAAUUGUUUUCAACAAAACGUAGCCUUUUUUUUCUAUCGGAUAACCUCAAACUUUUAUUUUAAAUUUUGGGAUUUGUUUUUUGCUUUUAAAUAAAGAAGUAGAUUUGAAGUCUAUUUGAAACUGACUUUAUAUUAUGCAUAAAUAUUUAUAUUUUAUCUGAACUUGUGCUGUAACAAACUUCUUUUGGGUGUUCUUUUUUUUUUUUAAAGUGAUUACUUUUUGCUGUGUUUGGGAUUUUUCCCCUCUCUUCAGUCAUGGGAAACCGUAGUUUUGCAAGUAUCGUUUGUUAGGUUUGGAGGGGAGAGAGCUGCUGUAGAAAUGCCUGCAUUUUGAGAUGCAGACUCUUGUACCAUAAAACAACGAAUCCAGGUUUGUCCUAAUCUUUGACUUCAUUAGGGAAUAAUCUAUGACCUUAUCAGUUUAUAAAUUCAUUGGGUUUUUUUUACAUGGAUUUUUUUGAAACUGAGUUUAAAAAAUUAUAACUAGAAUUUGUCUUCCCCUUUUGGCUAAAUAUCAGAAAGGAACCAACUGACCCGCUCACUAUCCUUUAAGUUGCUCUGAACAACAGAAAGGGGGGAGGGGGAAUGGGGGGGGGGAAUCAGACUUUUUAUAUGAAUAACCAAAUGUGUUUGUUUUAGUGAAUUUUUGAUAAUGUACAGUUUUUUGUGAAUUUAAAUUGAUUUCUUUCUAUAUUUUUAGGACCAACCUCAUUUUUAAUAAGGUUUAAAAGAAAGGGGGAAAAAAGUCUAGAAUUCCUGUUUUGUUUCCUUGUGAUGUUUCCACAAGUACAGAUGUUAGAGUGCUUGUCAAGUUUCAAAGAAUAAACAAAAAACAACCCACGUUUGAUAGAGAAGAA